AUGCUUUGUUCAAGGGUGGCAAGAAAUUCUUUGUCUGCGACCUCAAAGAGGGUAGGAACUUUGUGUCGUGGGAACAUAAAGAGGCUACAAUGGCGUGGAUAUACCUCCUCUAACUUUACGGGUGCUGCCUAUACCAUUAGUCCACUAUUGAAAUGGACGUUGACCGGUGCAGGUAUUGCAUCUGCACUCUACCUAGUUUUCCCUUUCAAGAAGAACCCCCCUAAACAAGAGGAACCUAAAUCCGAACCGCAGGCUGAACCAGAGCCACAGCCGCAACCGGAGGAAGAGACGGAAGCAGCUCCUGGAAAACUGGAAGGCCAACAGGAAACAGAGCAGGAGCCUGUUCACAAACAAGAGUUGCAAAAGAAACAGGAAGGUGUUGAGGUACAAAAACAUGAGCAUGUUCAGCAGCAGCAGGAGCAACAGGAAGAUUCAGAUCGUGAAACCAACCAAAAUGAGACUCAGGAUCAAUCUCAAGAGCCCAAGUCUCAAUCUAGAUCUGAAAAUAAAGAAAAUGAGAUUGAAUAUUCUGAAUCGGAGAAACAUGAGCAAGACACUGGGAAUACCGAUCAAACCAGAGAGGAGCCUACGAAAGAAAAUACUGUAACGUCGACUGACGGUCAUCAGCCAGGGAAGAAUCUUAAGUCAGAUGCGGAGUUACAGUCCUUUGCAGAGGAGCAGCUGGGCGAAAAAGAUAAGGAAGCCUCCCAAGAAGGCGCCUAUAAUCCAGAUACUGGUGAGAUCAAUUGGGAUUGUCCGUGUUUAGGUGGCAUGGCUCAUGGCCCAUGUGGUGAAGAGUUUAAGGAUGCAUUUUCUUGUUUCGUGUAUUCAGAAGCGGAACCAAAAGGCAUUGACUGUGUGGAGAAGUUUCAGAAUAUGCAAGAUUGUUUUAGAAAACAUCCCGAGCACUAUGCUGAGCAGAUCAAGGAUGAGGAAGAAGCAACGUCAGCGACUAAUGCUAACUCAGAAAGUGCAAAAUCCGAGAUUGCGGACCCCUCUGAUUUAAGCUCUAACAAUGAUAAAAAAAAAGGCGAGGAAAUACAAUUAGAUGAGAAAAGUUCAAAAGUCGAAAGCGAAAAUGAUGCUACUUGA